AUGCUACCACAUCCAAUUGUGCGCAGCAUGCUUACUCCUCCCCACUUCUCUGUCUUCUUUGUGCUACAAACUGUGCAACGAGAAACUGUUGAGGUGGAGACAGACUUUGCCCUGUGGAUUGGCCUAGCAGUAGCUAUCUGUGUAUUCAGCUGCGUGGCAGCCAUCAUUGUAUUCAGUCUGCGCAAGAAGGGAAGAGAUCACAGCAUGUAUAACAUGGCUGGGCAUGUACCAGAAUACCAACAAGAAUACUACCCAGACGACGACAAAAAACAUUACCAGAGUCUCCCGGGUGACGCACCUCCCGACGUCACCCGUUCCCUGUUAGUACCCCUAGGCGGGGUCCACAACGGCGGGGUCCAAGUGCAGAUACCCCUCGGGGGAGUCCAGUUACCCCCGCACGGGGGCUACGAGUACCCCUACUCCGAUGCGGCCGACAAAUACAUGACCAGGUCCUGUUCGUCGGAGCACCAUUACGAUGUGCCCCAUUUGAACCCGCCCUCGGGGGGCCAGAUGGGGCCUGGGGGAGCUCCUAGCCCCCUGUCGACCUCCGGUAGUAGCACCCACUCGACAAUGGAGUCUAGCACAUCUCCCUCUCACUCUCACUCACAGAAGAACAAGCAUAGUUCUGAGCAUAGUUUGACCAGUUUUACUUGUUCAACACCCUCGCACAUGGACUCAACCUACGAGGGAGGUUCGAACAAGAGCACCUCCUCGACGGGUGUGGUGCUGAGGGGAGUCGAAGCAGACUGCAUGUGCAGCUCGUUUGUGACUGUGACUGGUGCGAGACUGUGUCUGCCUGAUUCGGGCAUUUCGCUCACCAUUCCCGAGGGAGCACUCAGUCGAAAGCACAGAGAGCAGAUAUAUGUCGCCGUUCUCAGGGAUGACAGGCAUCGGCCUAAGCUCACAGAUCGGCAGACGCAGCUGAGCCCAGUGGUGCUAACAGGUCCGGCAGGAGUCGCCUUCAAAAAGCCAGUCAUUCUCAACUUUCACCACUGCGCCAGCCUCACUGAGAUGCACCAACAUUGGAACAUAACUGUAUGGUCCAGCGACUCACCACCUGAGGCUACGCCCGUUUGGCAGAAAGUAGUAACCCUAGGCGAGGAGACAAUCAACACACCCCUAUUUGCACAAUUAGACCAGGACCAGGUGUACCUGGUUUGUGAUCAGCUGACUCGAUUCGUGUUGGUGGGGGAGGCAUGCCCCUUGCCGCCCCUUUCCCCCUCACUGCCGCCUCCUUGCAAAGUGCUGACGUUGGCAGUUUUCGCCCCACCCCACCUGCCUCAGGACUACAGUGUCAGAGUGUAUGCGUUGGAGGAUACAAAAGCUGCUCUGGAGGGUGUGAUACAAGUGGAGAGGAGACUGGGAGGCUGCCUCAUGGACAAGCCGAAGACCCUCCUGUUCCAAGAUGGAGGAGCUAAUCUCAGUCUGAGUUUAGAGGAUAUCGGCGUGGGUUGGAAGAGCAAACCUCUGGCUGACUAUCAGGAAAUACCGUUCCAACAUGUCUGGAACUCGACCCACACCCACCUGCACUGCUCGUUCACCCUGGAGAGGGUGGACCGCCUGGCCUCCAGUGUCUCGUUCAGGGUGGUCGCCAGUCAGAAGGGGUGUCAGUCACAUCGACAAAUUUUCAGGGUCAACGCUGAGGUCACCACUGACUCUUCCAACUCAUCAUCUCUGACGCCAGGGAGUCCAAUCAUAUCAAAGCCGUGUAGAACAGUGACCAGCAGCAGUGGGUGUGGCUCCAGUGUAACAACGUGUGAUCAGUCACCUUUCAGGUUUAGCAGAUCGCUGAGGAAACAGUUGUGUCAAUGUUUGGAUACCCCCAAUUCAAGGAGCAAUGAUUGGAGGAUGCUUGCUCAGAGGCUGAAUGUUGACAGGUACAUAAACUACUUUGCAACCAAAGCCAGUCCGACAGAGCACAUCCUGGACCUGUGGGAAGCAAGGCAUCGAGAGUCAACGGCAGUCACUGACCUCCUAAACGUUUUGCGAAUCAUGGGACGGAACGAUGCAGCCAGUCUCAUGGAGAAAGAACUGGGGCCUUGGCUGUGAAGCUCUCUACUUCUGGGACAUACCUUGUAAAUUUGAAAAUUGGAUGACAAUUCAUCACUGUUACAAACAUUGACAGACUAUCACCUUAUGAUAAGUUUGUGAUAAUGUAAUUUGAAAUGACUAUUAAGUUUAUUGUGAAAAUGUAACUUGAAAUGUUUCUCCACUUCUUGGACACACCUUGUAAAUUUGAAAAACUAUGAAAAAGUGUGAAAAUUCUGUUAAAAACAUUGACAAACCUCAUCUCCAUUGAAAUGUCUCUGGGUUAGGUCUUGUGAAUUUGUAAAUAAUAUCCACAAAGAGGUGGCUCUAUCACUGUUAUGCCACAAAAAUUGACAGAUUAUUACCUAAUAGAUGAUUGAUUGGGAAAAUAAAUUUCACUACUUCUGGAACAGACCUUGUGAAUUAUGGAAAUUAUAUAUCCACAUAGAGGUGACUGUAUCACUGUUAUGAAUUCAACAUGGAUAUACGAUCACCCUAUAGUUUUAAAAAUUGUUAAUCUUUCUACUGAGAGGACAAAUCUUGUAAAUUUGAGAACAAAAAAUUGUUUUUUGAUGAAAUCAAUGUUAUAAAGAGAAUGUUGGAUAGUUAGUCUACAGAUGGAAAUCGCAUUUUCCAAAUAAUAAUCAAUGAAUAAUAAUUAUUAAACGGAAAUCCCAAUCAAAUACUGUAGAAUUUGCAUCUAGCUGUUUACCCUGUUGUAAAUAUUUGCAGUAGCAGAACCAAGUCUUCAGGGUAAUUCACAGCAUUUAAUUAGGAUUUUCGUUUGAUAACAAUAAUAUAUUGAUGGAUAAUUUGUAAAAAGGGUAUUGAGAGAGAGACUUUUCUGUAUGUAAUAGGUACACUUUAGUUAGUUUUUGUGGCAACUGGAAAUCUCACUUCUUCUAGAACAGAACUUGUAAAAAUUCAAGAACAGAAGUAGUUAUCCAUUGAAGGAUCGAUAUUGUAUAGUGAAUGAUGGAUAGUUUGUAAGAAACAUAUUGAUACUAUAUCACCUAUAAGCUUACUCUACACAGGGACAUUAGUAGCGUCAAUACCUACUAUUACUUCAGGCCCCACAACUAAUUAAUGACGUCAUAACAUGUAGAUUGAUUUUUCCUUGAAUCAUAGUAGUUUCUACUAGCUUAUCAAUGUAUGCUCUCCAACUUUUGUUACUGUAUCGAUUUUUCAUUGGAUAGAAUGCUAUCUAAACUCCAUAUUAAAGACAUGUGUAUUUUAUUAAAUGGAAAUUUUAUUGAAAUAAAAACACAUUAUUCCACAAAUGCAAUAGUCUAUCAAUACUGUAAUACUAUGAAGUAAUAGUAGGUAUAUUGGUAGCGUCCACUAUUAAUAGCUGCUAUGGGAACACGGAAUUAAAAAUGUCUGUAACUCUAAUGUAGAUGACAUUUUCAAUUCCGCGUUCCCGUAGAGCAGCAAUAGUGAGGUCCACGUUAUAAUGGCAGAGUUUGAUUAACAAUGGUAUUGCUAUCCUUGUCUAUCAUUCAACAAAGCGGAUAGCGCUAUCUCUUUCUCGCUUUGCUCUGUUGCCAGAUCGU